AUGGCUGUGUGGGCCGCACGAGAUUCUGUCGUCUGUUUGAACACCCAGGUCUCUCAGGGGGCAGACAUCGUUCCAAGAUUGCGCGUACUUAUUGACACGCGUUCCUUUACAAGUUUUUCUUUUUGCCAAUGCCUACCGCACAAGGAAAUCAAGAGAAGGGACUUUGUCACGUUUGACCAUCGCAUGUCCUUCCUAAAGAAGGUGCGGGGAUUAUUUCAAAGGGAUAAUAACCCAUCUUCAGCACAGAGCACAGGAAACGGCUCCGUCUUUGCAAGGGUAAAAGGAGAGUCUACUGGUGGUGGCCCGAACAUUUGGCCUGUACACCCCGAUGUUCAGCGUGAGAUACAGAGGGGCUCGCAUUUGAAUAUGAAGGCCGUUGUACGUGGGAUGCGUCGCACGGGAAAGUCAACUAUUGUCUCACGUCUUUGUGGCUACGCUCCGCAUAGCGGUUACACACCCUCUCCAGAAAUUAGUGCUGGUACGAUUUUUUACCGUAGCUGUGCUGGAAGGGGAGGAAUUGACAGUGGCGGCGGCUCUGAUAGUACUGGCUGUGGUGGUGCGAAGGUGGAGUUGUGGGACGUGGUUGAUGAGGGGUUCAAUGCCUCUCAACCAGCGUCCACAACACCGCACCCAACUUUGGCGGACGCACGCUCCAUUGAUGUUUACAGAGGAUGCCAACUAGCAGCUUUUGUUGUUGAUCGAACUCGGAGCGAGACUCUGGAAUAUGCUGUGCGUGAAGCGCGUCAUGCUCCACCAAAUACAUGUGUUAUAUUUAUUCUCAACUUUUACGAUGCGCCCAGAUAUGCGCAUGCUGUUUCGGAGCAUGACGUUGACGCUGCUUGCAAGAGUCUUCGACGGGCCACAACGCCUAUGAUUUUGGCGGCGGCUGCAGGCCGUUUGCCACCGGAGGAUUACUCAAUCGCUGCGACCUGGGUGAGCAUCAGUGCCGCAACCGGUCAUGGCAUGGACUUGCUCCGCAAUGCCUUUGAGAUUCCAUAUGUGCUUCUCAAAGUAUCGACGCUAGAGGCUCACAUUCACGCGUGUUUUCAGUUUGUUGAGGAAUAUCGGGCAUGGAUGCUCAGCGAAAGAGCCAAGUUUCUUCUACAAGAGCAAGUAAACGAAGACGUGCUACAGGAGAGCGAAAAUAAGCCGCACGAAGCGACCUCUUGUUCCUUGCCUAGAAGAGGAGCUGACGCUGCUCUGCCGAGAGGCGGGGGACGAGGUCCUUCUACUUUGAAUAUCAUUGGUGUUAACCGAGUUCAUUGCAAUGUGGAGGAGGAUGAAAAUGUCAUCGCAAAUAACUUUUUUAGCGACGUUGAUAAGGAAGAGGAUGCGGCGGGAUAUGACGCAAGAACAAGUGGUGACAGAAGAAGUAGCAGUAGAUCUGACGGCGGUCACCGAAAGUGCAAGAGGCCCCUCGCCGAGGCACCUAUACCAACGGUCCCACUCUUAUCAUUACCGCUAUCGGAAACAACACCGAAACUUGCGUCCUCAAUCUCUCGUGGCGAUCCUGGGGCCACAACACCUGCUGCUGCUGCAAGCGUUUCUGUUACCGUGAUUGAUGAGGGUGGGCUGCAGAUGUGUGUGCCAGAUGAGGGUUUUCGUAACUUUACUGACGACGUGCUCGACGUUGGAGACAAUCAGUGUUUAGACGGUAAUUUUUUUGGUUCUGACCACUCUGGGGACACUUCUUCCAAUCACUGUCCAGCGGCGGCUACCGACUACAGCAGCGAUGAGGGUGAUGACGUUCUCAAGAAUUCCAACGCAUGUCUGUGUGCGCCAUCAAAAGUGGCGGAAACGUCUAUAGACAACACCCCAAUUGAAUCCUACACGCCUUCCAUUUAUGCCGAUGUCAGUGUCCUGCUCCAGCAGAUGCAGAUUGUGCUGGGGAACUCUAUGGAAGAGGAAGGUGCGCCGCAGUGGCACCAUGACAAGCGAAAAAGUCACUUCCACCACAAGAAGAAGGAUACAGCGCGACGUAAAAGACGCCAUCAUCAUAUAGGCCAGGUUGAGGGAUCAAAAGGAGUGAAAAACGCCCUUAGUGAUGAUGGGACUUUUGAGGUGAUCAGAGAGUGA